GUGUUUCCAUCAAUUUUUUAUAGAUUAAAGACGUUCCAGAAAUAAGUACAGAAAAGUAUUCGAAUAAUGUAAUUUGUUUCGUUUGUCUGCCCAUGUAAACUUAAACAGACGCGUCGUGGUUAAGAGUUCUUCACGACAACGUUUUAAAGCUAAAUCAACAUGAGUAAAAGACGCCGGGCGUCUUCUGUGGCUAGCCGUGGAGCUGACGAUGACAGUGACGAUGCGCUUAGCAAUCCAGGCCCACCACCAUCUUCAAGAAAGAAGAAAAAGCUGGAUCCUGGAGAAAUAUGCCAGCAACUGUAUGAUACAAUAAGAUCGCACAAAAAGGAGGAUGGAACAUUACUUUGUGAUUCUUUCAUAAGGGCACCAAAAAGGCGACAAGAACCUCAGUAUUAUGAAGUUGUCUCAGAACCUAUUGACUUGUUGAGGGUACAACAAAAGCUAAAGACUGACACUUAUGAAGACAUAGAUGAAUUGUCAGCAGAUAUAGAACUAUUGGUAAACAAUGCUAAAGCAUUCUACAAACCUGAUUCUGUGGAGUAUAAAGAUGCCAUUGAUCUGUGGAAAUUGUAUACUCAAAGUAGACAAGCCUUGGAACAUGGUGAAGACAUGAAAACUCCUAAGUUGUCCCGCAAUGGCUCAUCAAGCAGGAGAUCAGAUGUUGCAGAAGAUCUGUCUGAGACUUCCACCAAUAAUGAUGAGGACAAUGUAUUUGAGGAAUUGUUUAAUGCUGUGAUGCUCGCAAAUGUCGAUGGAAGGCCUCUCUAUCCCGCUUUUCAAUUUCUACCAUCUAAACGGCGCUAUCCUGAAUAUUUCAACGUUAUUGAAAAUCCCAUAGAUUUGAAAACAAUUGCACAGAAAAUUCAAGGGGGGGAAUAUUUGAAUCUCACUGAAUUGGAAAAGGAUCUGCUGUCAAUGGUUAGGAAUGCAUGUCAUUUCAAUGAGCCUGGCAGCCAAAUAUAUAAAGAUGCUAAAGCUUUAAAAAAGGUAAUCACAGUACGGAAACAAGAGAUAGAUCAACACGGGCGAAGUGGGCCCGCUAAAACAUCAGAGCGUAUUCGCAGUAAAAGGACUUCAAGAGUAGGACCUGUGCCAUCCAGCAAGGCAUUAGCUAUUAUGGAACCGCCUGGUUCAGAUCCAGAACCGGAGGUCAAGCAUUCUGAGGAUAGUGGUGGUGACAGCGAUGAAGAGAAAAUAGAUAAUGAAGACUCUCCACAGUGGAAGCUGCUGGAAAUUGUAAAAAAUCAUCUGGGUCCUAAUGGAACCCCAAUGGCAGAACCUUUCUGGAAGCUUCCGUCGCGGCGAGCAUACCCCGAUUACUAUAAAGAGAUUAAGAACCCUGUAUCUCUGAACCAAAUCAAAAACAAGAUCAGGCGAGGCAACUAUGGCACCUUGUCGGAAGUAGCUGGCGAUAUGAACAUCAUGUUCGAGAAUGCCAAGCAAUACAAUGUUCCCACUUCGAGGCUCUAUAAGGAUGCUGUCAAGCUGCAAAGGUUGAUGCAGCAGCGCGUUCAAGAGCUUUUGGACAUAGUUCAGAGCUCAUCUAGCGAUGACGAGAGUCUAUCCUCUGUGAAGAACCAAGUCAACACUCCACGCCCGAGAGGUCGUCCUAGAAUUAACCCGCCUCCUGUGGUCGCGCCGUCGCCAGCGCCAUCCCCUUCGAUCUCCAAGCCUAACGUGCCCUUGAAGAAGAAACUUCACUAUAUAUCCAAACAACUUGUAGAGUACACAUGCCCAGACGGCCGAAACCCGAUGUUACUAUUCAUGGAGAAGCCGAGCAAGAAACUAUAUCCUGAUUACUACAAUGUCAUAGAUAGACCCAUUGAUAUGCUCACCAUUGAAGCUAAUAUCAAAAACGAUCGUUACAUCAGCUUAGAUGAGCUCGUAUCCGAUUUCCGCCUGAUGUUCUCCAACUGCCGUCAGUUCAACGAGGAAGGCUCUAUGAUAUAUGAGGACGCGAACCUUUUAGAACGCGUGUUAAACGAUCGCUUGAGAGAACUGCACAGCGGCCACGAACGGAAGACGCCCAUCAAACUCAUCAAGACGGUCAAAUCUAAACAGCUGUCGCCGUUCGAACAGAAGCUGAGGACUUUGUACGAUGCUAUAAGGGACUAUAGGGACCCUAAAGCUAACCGCCAGCUAGCCCUAAUAUUCAUGAAGCUGCCGAACAAAAUCGAGUAUCCCGACUACUAUGAGCUGAUUAAGAAUCCAAUAGAUAUGGAGAAAAUCGCGCACAAGCUCAAGAAUAACGUUUACAACUCUGUGAACGAGCUGGCAUCCGAUUUCAUAUUGAUGUUUGACAACGCUUGCAAGUACAACGAACCGGAUUCGCAGAUAUAUAAAGACGCGCUUAUAUUGCAACGGAUGUGUUUGCAAACCAAACAGCUGCUCAGGGAAGACGAAGAUUCAGUACCAGACGUACCAGCUGCUGUACAAGAGCUUCUUCUGAAUCUCUUCACUACCGUUUACAAUCAUCAAGAUGAGGAGGGAAGAUGUUACUCAGACAGCAUGGCCGAGUUGCCGGAACACGACGAAUCCAACAACGGCGAGAAGGUGCGUGCCAUAUCGCUCGACCUAGUCAAGCGCCGCCUAGACAAGGGCCUUUACAAGCGGCUCGACCACUUCCAGCAAGAUAUGUUCGCUGUAUUCGAAAGAGCCCGUCGCCUCUCUCGCACCGACAGUCAAAUAUUUGAGGAUUCCGUAGAACUUCAAGCGUACUUCAUAGAACAACGUGACUACCUUUGUCGUAACACGCUGCAAUCGCCUGCACUCUCGUUCACUAGAGACACUUUAACUACCAGCGUGGAAUUGGUCAAGCAAUGCAAACUGUUGCAGGAGAAUGAAGACGAAGACGAGACUAGAUCUAGUACCGACGACUCCAUGCCAGCGGGCAGUGCUCCACUCCAACAAACGCAAUACAAUAAAGGCGACUUCGUGUACGUUUUACCCGAGAAGGGCAACAAGGAACCCAGUAUAGUGCAAGUCGAAAGAGUUUGGACCAACAAGGAUGGGCUCCCUAUAAUGUAUGCCAACGUGUAUUAUAGGCCUCACGAAACGUUCCACAUACUGACACGCAAGUUUCUACAUCAAGAAGUGUUCAAGACGGAAGCACAUCGCACCAUCCCCCUGGAUCAAAUCAGCGGCCACUGUUACGUAAUGAACGUGAAGGAAUACUUCAAGUUUAGGCCGCAAGGGUACGCUGAUAAAGAUGUAUACGUGUGUGAGAGUCGCUACAAUACGAAGAACCGCUGGUUCAAAAAGAUCAAGGUUUGGGAAGGUGCUGAGAAGGAAGCCACUCUCAUUGCCAGGGAGGUCCCACUGGAGCCAAGCCGCACCGUGUCUGUGUUCAGGGAACGUGUUGAGAAACACAAGGACGAAUUAGCGGAACUGGAAGUCUUGGAGAAUGUUCAAGAGAAAGAGAGACCGGACGUAGUGAUGUACAACCCGUUGGGCACAGACGACGAGAACACGUAUUACGAGCAAUACAACACCGUGUGCUCCGGCGUCAUCAAGACCGGUGACUAUGUGUAUGUGGUGACGGAUGGAGGCAAGCAGCUCAUAGCGCAAGUCGACACCAUAUGGGAAACUGGCGAUAACAAGUGUUAUUUCCGUGGUCCCUUCUUGAUAUUCCCAUCCGAAGUGGCCAACGUUAUCAAUAAGCCAUUUUACAAGCAAGAGGUGCUUCUGACGACGAUGCACGAUACUAGCCCACUCGUGGGCAUAGUGGGCAAGUGCUACGUGUUGGACUACGACGAUUAUCUCAAAUGCCGUCCGACAGAGAUAGCUGAAGGUGACGUGUACUUGUGCGAGUCGCUGUACGACGAGUCCAAUCGCAUCGCGCGCAAACUCAAAAUGGGCCUGCGUAAGUUUGAACAUACCAAGGACGUCACAGUGGACGAGAUUUACUUCUUCCCUAAACCUUUGGGUCCGCCGCCGCUCGCCAGUUCGCACGACGUACAAUCUUCGUCAAGCGCCUUCGGACAGAAGCAGUUCCACACCAACGUCCACAUUGACUCUAUUGAUGUGAAGCCGCAAUUCACCAACCUGAUCAACACCACCAUCGGCAGUCAGGACGUAGAGAUGCUUCUGGAGAAUUCGCUAGAUGAUUCGUCGCUCGCCUCGCCCGCCACUCCUCUCUCAAUAGGUGGCAACAGCAAUCCUUACAACCCAUCCUUGAUGGCUACUCCAAGCCAAGAGCGGAUCACCAGUACAGCAGUCACGCCGGCCUCCGGCAAGAAGAAGAAAGAACAGAAGCAGAAGAUCGUCACUGGCUACAUUCUAUACUCGAGCGAAGUGCGUAAAGCUAUUGUCGCCAAUAACCCAGAGUGCACCUUUGGCGAGAUAUCACGAAUUGUGGGUAACGAGUGGCGCUCUCUGCCGGCAUCCACGAAACAGAGUUGGGAGGAGCGCGCCAAGUGUUGCAACGAAGAGACCUCCGCCAAGCUGGCCGAGGAGAUGAGGGAACUCUCACAACAUACGCCCAUGGAAACAACCUACGAAUGCGCGUGGGACAAUUGUGACUAUCAAUUCGAGGACCUUACUGACUGCAUGGAGCAUUCAAUCGGUGAAGGCGGCAACAUGAUCGGUACUUAUGUUGAAACAAAGAAGAGUAAAUUGGAACCGGGCCAUGUACAACAACACUACCGCGGCUCGUUCUCCGAGUAUCCUUGCAUGUGGAGGAAUUGCGCGCGCGUACGCAAAGGGCAAGCGCCAUUCCCGAACUUACCGCGUCUACUGAGGCACGUGAGGGAUCUGCACAUCAACAAGGGGAAUGGAAAGCCCAUGCCGAUACACGAGCGCUCCAGGUUAAGUAGAAUAACUGAAUUUAUACAGUAUAGUUCAGGUUUAAGUCGUUCUCAAAGUAUUAUCCGUCUAUGGGACGAAAUUGCGUGCGCGUAUGCAAAAGAUAAAGCGCUAUUCCCCAACUUGCCGCUUCUAUUGAGGGACAUGGGGGAUCAGCACAUCAAUAAGAGGUAUUGAAAACCGAAGCCGAUACACGAGCGGUCCAGUCCCCUUUGCAUGAGCACCGCAAUUUACAAUAUAUCACGUUUUUUAUCACGCGUAACUGUCAAACUGCAUACUAAUUUGACAAUAGGCAGUUAACCCUUUUUGGAAAAAGGUUAUAAAUGGUUAAUAAAUGUUCCGUUAGACCGAAAAAAAAUGUAUUGUAUUUUUUGAAGACCUAGAAAGCCACAAAUCUUUAAUUUUAAAAUAGACUUUUCAUGGACAUACAAAAACGCUGUCGGCCAUUUUAGUCUAUAGAUUGUCUAUGCUAUGACGUCAAUUGUAGUAAACAAAAACUCGUAAGCACGUAGAAAAUAAAUUAUCUGAGUUUAUAAUAAAAAAAAACAUGAUUUCUACUAAAUACCACGAAAAAUAAAGUAAUUAUCAUUAUUGUAUUGUACGAGAAUAUAAAACACAUCCUUUAAGACUCCAGGAAAGUUGUGGAUUAAAGUGCCGAAAGAAAUUUACCUACGUAACUUUAUUACACUUAUUCAUAUGUUGUAUCACUUUUAUGUUUAUUACUACAUUGUAAUACUAAUGCACUGUACUUACAUAGAUGUCUUGUCGUUUCUCUGCUCCGCAGACCAGAAAUCGGGGUUUAGUGCAAAAAAUUCACCAACCAUCAAUGCGUCAAUUCUUGGCAGAUUUGUGCUUUCUGCUUUCACUAAGCCGGCAGCCAUAAUUAGUUUUGUCAAAAAAAAACAGUAAUCGUAAACUUUUCUAAAGUGAAAAGUGUUUUAAGAUAAAUUUAGUCAGACAAAAUAAUCCACCCACAGUAACACACGAAUGACAUUUAGUUGUUUACUACAAGAGACGUCACAAUCAUGGUGGAAGUGGCGAACAGCGUUUUUAGUCUUUAAAAAAUAGACUAAAAAAUUUUUUUUUAAAUUAAUUUUCUACAGCAAUCUUCUUCUUUUAUGAAGUGAAAUCGAUAUAUUUAGGUUCCUUAGACCAAAUACUUUAAGAAAUAAACAUUUAUUUAAAACAAUUC